CUUGGCUUCAAAUCUUCGACAUUUCCAUCUUCAGAUUGUUGCCUGGCAAAUUGCCUUGCGCUUCAUUCCGCGGCAUCCAUGGCUUUCUUGGCACUUUGCAUUGCUUCCAACUUCCUUCUCAGCCAGGCAGACAACUGGGGUGGCGUUGAAAGCACGGCUGCACAAGCCACUCGUUUCUCGUUUUCUUCAGCUGUUCUUCACCUGAAGCAUGCGUGGCUCUUUGGUGGCGUGAUGCAGGAUGAAAACCACCAAUCAUACCAUCCUCAAUUGCGGUGCUUUGACAUCGAGAAGGAACAGUGGAAGGAGGUUGCUCCCAAGAACUCCCCCAAGGGCAGGUACGGACAUAGUGCAAUUGUGACUCCGAGCGGAAAGAUGUGGAUCUACGGCGGUGGAAUUAUGGAUGUGGAAACACAGCAGGACAAGUUAGCGACUGAACUGGUCUACAUUGGUCUCAAAGAGGGCGCCACUUCGGAAUCGUGGUCCCAAGUGCAGCCCGAGAAAAAACCAAAAGAUCGCGUGUUCCACACUGCGGUCUAUUAUGAAGGUUUCAUGUGGAUCUUUGGCGGGGCUAUGAAGGGACUGGCAAGUGGUCCUGAUAACACCUUUGUCAACGAUGUCCAUGCGUUUGACAUCGAGGCCCAUAGUUGGAGCGAGAUCAGCUGCGAGGGACAGAAACCUGCACCUCGUCAAGCGCACUCGGCCGUGAUCGGCGCAGAUGGUCGCAUGUGGGUCUAUGGCGGCAACGCAAUGAGUGGAGGUCCUCCAACAGAUAGUGCCUUCUUCAAGGACCUGCAUGUCUUGGACUUGAACAAGAAAAGCUGGUCCAAGGUGGAGACUGCAGGGUUCCUUCCGGGUCUUCUUUUCCACCACGCUUCAGUGAUGGAUGCAGCGGGCCGUCUUUGGCUAGUCGGCGGUGUGGCAUUUGGACAACAACAAUAUUCAGGAAACGCAUACUUUCUCGAUACGACAUUGGCUGAUGAUUCCUGGCAUGGGGUGCCGGAGUUCAACGACACAGCCAACCCUGACGCUCCGCCUCUGGACAAGAUGGCCUCGCGAGCCAUCAUCGAGUCUAGCGGCAAGAUUUGGGUCUUUGGUGGUAUGCGUUCGCAGGGUCAUGCGUCAAAGAAAGAUUGGACUAUCUAUUGGUUAGACAGCAACGCCCCUAAACCAACAAGCUCCACAACCCCGACGAGUCCAACAAGCUCCACAACCUCGACGAGUCCAACAAGCUCCACAACCUCGACGAGUCCAAGUUCAGGCGAUGGUUCCAAGGCAACAGGCGGCGGAAAUGCUGGCGUUGUCAUCAUUGUCAUCUUGCUUUUGCUCGCUCUCGGCGGGGGUGGUGUUUUCUUCUUUGUUCACCGGAGGCGCAAUCUGCGGCUCCUGCAGGAAGUGCACGAGCCGCGGCAGAUAGAAAUUGGUGAACUCCGGAGAGCGUAG